CAGCGCCCUCUUCCGGUCGGAUCCCGGAAGCGCAGCGCUUCCUCCUUCUUCCUGAUCUCCAAUGUUCGUCGUCCUUCUCCUCCUCCGGCUCCAUUUCGACGGGAUUUUUCAUCCUCCUAACCGCCCCGGAUCAGGACACGACCGCGUCUAAGGUGGGGAAAAAAAUGUCCGGAGAAAGGCAGAGGUCAGACGACGAGAGUCCCAGCACCAGCAGCGGCAGUUCAGAUGCCGAUCAGAGAGAUCCUCCUGUAGCAGAGGUCGAGGAGCAGGAAGAGAGGAAGCAGGCCACACCUCCACAGCAACAGCAGAAGAAAGCAUCCAAACAGUCCAGCAAGACCCCGGCCAAGCUGUCGUCCAGCGCCAAAAGAAUCCAGAAGGAGCUAGCUGAGAUCACUCUGGAUCCUCCACCCAACUGCAGUGCGGGACCUAAAGGAGAUAACAUCUACGAGUGGAGGUCUACCAUCCUGGGUCCUCCUGGCUCCGUUUACGAGGGCGGCGUGUUUUUCCUGGACAUCACCUUCUCCUCAGACUACCCCUUCAAGCCUCCUAAGGUGACGUUCCGUACACGGAUCUACCACUGCAACAUUAACAGUCAGGGAGUGAUCUGUCUGGACAUCCUGAAGGACAACUGGAGUCCAGCACUCACUAUCUCCAAGGUCCUGCUGUCCAUCUGCUCACUGCUCACGGAUUGUAACCCUGCGGACCCUCUGGUGGGAAGCAUAGCCACUCAGUAUCUGACCAACAGAGCAGAACAUGACAGAAUAGCUCGACAGUGGACCACAAGAUAUGCCACAUAGAUACUGGCAGCUUUCCCCCUGUCCUCAACCCACACAUUCUACCCACCCAAAUGCCCCCCUUCCUCAACUCACCUCGGCUCAGCUCACCAUCACCACCCCAGACCCCUCCAAAUCUCCUGCAGGAGCGAUCGCAUCCUGGAGAUACAACUUAACGACGUGCAGCGAAUCUUUAUAGCCUUUACAAUACGGACUUGUGUAUAUAUACACACAUACACACACAAUAUAUAUUUGUCCCCCCCGAAUCUGCCUUGUUUUCUUUCACCCAACUCAGACUGGGACAACAGACGAGAUCCCGCCAAGCUAAACGCUAACGGUGUAGUUUUUUUUAGGGGUUUUUUUUUUUUUUUUUGUAGCUGUAGAUUUUAGUUCUGUUUAAACGCCUACUCGCAAGUCUUGCUUCUUUGAGAUAUUAAAAAAAAAAUGUAUUUUGUGAUGUAUUAAGAAAAUCGUUCCUAAAAGGUCAACCAAAUAUUAUGGUUCAUUUAGUCUAAACCAUUAUCUGUAUGAUGUUAUAAAAGUGGAAAAGCAUCUAGGUGUAGAAUAUUAAAGACGAUGUGAUUUUUCCGAGUCCCCCGGAGACGUUUCCCGUUCUGUGAUGACCCGAUGUUGUGAAUCUGUUCUACCUUUGUCACUUUGUAAUGAAGAGAAGCUCAUUGACCGUUUUGUAGCUCGGCUAAAAUGAGCCACGAUGUAAUAUCUCCUCAUACAUAAUAAAAAAAUCUAUAACCUGUCCCUCA